GUCUCUGUGUCUCUGUCUGUGUGACCCAUUCACUCUCUCACUCGCCAUUUCCAGUAAGAGAGAGUGACUUCACUUUCAAUCCCAUUUCAAAACCGCUCCUUCUCCUAAUUAUAAAUCUUCUCUCUUUCUCUUUUUCUCUCUCUUCUUCGUCUUCUGUUUUUUUUUUCUUUCUAAAAUGUAAAGAAAACAGUUUUCAAUCAGCAAAAUCUACAGUUUCAAUCUUUCGGAUCUUGUUGGUGUUGUGUGGAUCCUUGGAUCGUGAUCCUCUACUCAAUCCUCAUUCUGGUCGGUUCUCUUUCUGGGGUUUUAGAUCUCUUUGUUCUGUGCACUUCAAGUCGCUGCUUGCGUCAGUGGUGUUUCAGUGUCCUCCUUUUCAUGGCAUUUUGACUACCCUUUUGCCAGGUCUUCUACAUUGUCAUUUCACUCCUAUUUUCUUCUUCAAGUGGGCUAGUGUGAGUGAUGGAUCCAAUUAACAUUUUACCUGCUGAUGGGGUUGAAGUGGUUCACCAAAAUGGUGUUCAUGAUGAACCUUCAAAUUCUGGAGAGGAUGGUGGCGUUUCAUAUGAUUUAGACCCCAGUGUUCCUGAAACUGCAGCAACUGUAGCUCCAAAUGGGAACUUUGAUAAUUUUCAUCAGUCAGAUAGUGCUGCAUCUGAUAACUCAUUAGUGGCCGAAAUCAAAGAAUCAAAUGUCAACAUUGAUGGCACUAAUAUGACCAUUCCUAAGGAAGAGGAAGUGAAAAUAUCAGAUCAAACAAAGCAAUCAAGAGCACCAAAGGGUCUUGUCAAGAACAAGAACGCAAAGGCUCCAAGUUCCAGUGGUGUUCAUGCAAGUUUGGUGAAUAAGAGCCAAAUUGGAAAAGAUAAAGAAGCAUCUUCAUCUGUUUCAAAUGGUUCUUCAGCUUUAGACUCCCUCCCAAGACAGUCUAUUAAAGGCAGCAGAUCUUUCAAUGACCGGCAGACGCAAUUGUCCAAGCCUAAGCACCCUUCAAAGUCUGAUGCAGCAUCUUCUGAAGUAUCAGUGGAGAAGACAAAACCAAAAUCAUUGAGAAAAGGACCCAUUGAUAAAGUUCAAGGAGAAGGAGAAUCUUCCUUAAGUACCAACACAGACGAUUCCAAACCUCAAAGGGUGGGGACACUUCCAAAUUAUGGAUUCAGUUUUAAGUGUGGUGAAAGAGCUGAGAGGAGAAAAGAGUUCUACAAUAAGCUUGAGGAGAGAAUUCAGGCAAAGGAGGUGGAGAAGAGUAACUUGCAAGCAAAAACCAAGGAGACCCAAGAAGCCGAGAUUAAGAUGCUUAGGAAGAGUCUGAAUUUUAAAGCAACUCCAAUGCCAAGUUUUUACCAGGAGCCUGCUCCUGCUAAGGCGGAGCUAAAGAAGAUACCAACUACAAGAGCAAAAUCACCCAAGCUUGGUCGUAAGAAGAGUACAGCAAAUUCAGAGUCAGAUGGCAACAAUAGCAGCAGUUCACGACUAGCUCGUUUAAGUUUGGAUGAGAAAGUGUCAGAGAGUAAUCCCACUAAGGGACCUACUCCUCCUGUCCAUCAAAAGAAGCCGCAACGAAGAUCUCUUCCUGCUCGACUGGCUUCUGAAGGGAACAGUGUAUCAAAUUCAAGAACUGCACUGACUUCAUCCAAGGCAGCUAUCAAAGAUGAAAAGUCUUCCUUAUCUAGUGCUGCUAAAAAAGAUAACAACUUAACCAAUGCUACAGGAGAAGCCAAAACCAUGACGAUUGCAGCAAAUGAAGAGAAAAGUACCUUGUCCAGUGAAACAAGUGCUGUUAUGCCGCUGAAUUUGAUUCCUUCAGAUAAGCUAAGUGAAGAAGAGUCUCAUGUGAAUGGUGACAUAGCAGUCAAAGAGUAUUCUCAGCUCUCCUUGGAACAAGAACCUAUCGCGGCGGAGCGUUGAGCAAAACAGCAGGUUACUUUCUGAGAAUUUGAUUCAUCUGGUGAGAUAUUAUAGAAGCAUAUGACUGAGAUUAUUUGAGAAUGAAGAAGGCUUGCAGAUUUGCAUUAUGGUUUGUGUUGUCAAUUGUCAUCAUGAUGUCCAAGCAGCAUUGUUUCUUUAUGUGUUUACCGACUCUCAAUCUUGCCAGUCCAGUCCUCAUUCUCUUUCGUGCUUGCAGCAAUGUGUACUUAACAAUUUGCCUGGUUAUUCUAGUUGAUGUUAGUCUGGUAUAUGUGCAGCACUUGUCUGUUUAGUGAACAUUUAUUUGGAGGAAAAUUUUGAGAAAGUUUGCCAUCUGUUGAUAGUUCAAGGGCUUCUUGUUCAGGCCGUUACCUUAAACAAAUUUGACAUUGUCUCAUGUACAAGCUGUUUGUGUUGUGGACACCCUUCUAGCUGAAUCCAUAUGGAUCAAAUUCUGCUUUGUCGUACAGCUUUGGUUUGUCAUGGAUCAAAUUCUUCUGUUACUAUAAGAAUUCAGUUUCUGCUCCCAUUGGUAGUACAUUUUGGCUAUUAACCGUUCCUUAUGCACCCUGUGCAAUAAGGCCAUUAAGUACAAUUUUUCUUUCUCUA